UCUAUAAAUUCUUUAUUUUGGUUAUACCAAAGAAAUAAUUAGAGCAAGAACAAAACUACUGGCAAAAGAAAGUUAAUGAACAACUUAUUCACUUCACUCCUAUUUGUGGGAUCUUACUAUGUGCAUCACAACUCCGCGUGCACAUUUUUGACGAUGAUUGCCUGUUAGAAAGAAACAACCAAACGGCGAGCUUGAACACUUUACUCGCCAGAUACGAUGCGCUGCUCGGCAAGAGCUUGCGUUGGAGUCGAGGUGCCACAACAUCACCGCUCCGUCGAUCGCCCUCGCACCUACCAUUAGACGCAGCCGCGCCGCGCCACACCCCCGCACGCAUGCGCCUCGAGACUCGGCGCGGGCGCCGGCGCCGGCGGUUGGGAGGAGCCGCGCGCUCCCGGGCGAUGAUGGGAGCGACGGGAGGGUGGGGGAGGAGUGACGUUGCACACCUGCUGCCAAGCAAGUCUCACCAUGGGAGUUACGGUAGCGGCGUGGCACGGCUAGCGAGGGGCGAACAGCAACGCCGGCAGCGGUCGACCAGGAGGAGCGGCACCUCGAAUGCCAAGGUACGGAGUCUGAUGCUUCCUCGGGUUGAGCUGUCAUCGCCGAACUUAAACGACGACGAGCUGCGGGUUGCUUUACUUUGGGAGUGCGUGGUCAAAGUACAGUGGGAGGAGGUGAAGGUGGAGGCGGUGCGCGCGCAUAUUUACAGCGAUGGGGAAGGGCGAAGGAGAGCGAUGCAGAUAUCGGAGGUGUAGUGAUGACAUCACGAUUUCGUGCGCUAGGUGGGAGGACAAACCACAUGCGUGUUCUCGAGAUGCCAAGAGACAAACAUCGAUCAGAAGUUGUCUGCAAUGUUCACUUCCUGGAUAGUAGUGUACAGAGCUUCAAAAUCAAUAAGCAAGACACUGGUCAAGUUCUAUUGAAUAUGGCCUAUAAACACCUGGAUUUGAUUGAAACGGAAUAUUUUGGUUUACAGUUUAUAGAUGAUUCUUUGGAGUGUCCUAGGUGGCUUGAACCGAGCAAACCUAUCAGGAAACAACUUAAAGGGGAUGCACUAAAUUUUCGAGUGAGAUUUUUUGUAACUGACCCAAAUUCUCUUCAACAACACCAGACAAGGCACUUGUACUUUUUACAACUGAAGAAAGAAUUUACUGAUGGACGAUUACAUUGUCCUCACGGUAAAGCAAUAUUACUUGCUUCCUAUGCAGUCCAAUCUGAACUUGGAGAGUACAAUCCUUCUGAGCAUCAUCCUGGGUACAUAGAAAAGUUCAAUUUUAUACCCGACCAAAAUCCAGACUUUCAAAUCAAAGUGAUGUCUUUGCACAAGCAACACAGAGACCUUAAACAAUCUGAAGCAGAACUUGGUUAUUUAAAUAAAGCAAAGACCCUUGAAUUUUAUGGUGUGGAAUUACAUAAUGCAAAGGAUCAUGGAAAUUUAGAGAUAAAGAUUGGAAUAUCUUCUGGAGGCCUUGGUGUCUAUAGAAAUUUGGUUCGGAUCAAUUUUUAUCCCUGGGUAAAUAUAACGAAGAUUUCUUUCAAGAGGAAACGAUUUUUCAUUCAGCUUAGGCAAAAACCUAAGGACUCCCAAGAGGGUGUUGUUGGAUUUAAUGUGCUCAAUUAUAGAGCAUGUAAAAUUCUCUGGAAAUCUUGUGUAGAACACCACACAUUCUUUCAAGCAAAGCAGCCACCAACUCGAGAGAAAAAAGUACUUACGGACUAUUUUACACUUGGGCACAGAAGCCAGAACAGGAUUAUCAAAAAUCAGUCCUGCCAUCGUGUCAUUGGUGGAAUGGUGUGGAAUCCAAUAUUAUGGAAGUCUGUAUCUCUGGAACAGCUGGAAACCAGAAGUCUUCCUUCUCGCUCUCCACCAUCUACACCUGAUUGGCGGAGUCCAAGAAUAAGGCACGAUGCUCAAAAGCCACGGCAUUCCUCCGUCGAUAACCUUGCCUCAGAAAUGGCAUAUGUCACAGAGAGUGAAGAAGUUUUUUAUAACUACAAGAUGAACAUUCCAAUGAACGCAAAUAAAACUGAUGCAUUUAACUUUGCAAAAUCUACAUCACACAGCUGGUCGGAGGAACAACGAUCACCAAAGACAUGUGGAGAAGUGCAAGAACUGUUUUCUGAUACCAUCAAAGCACAACGGCGAUCACUAACAUGUUCAAUGACUGGUGUGGAUACUAAUAUACCAAAAGAUGAUCUCGCAGUUUCUCACACACUGGCUGGUGUUGAUUUGCAAUUUCUCGAAGCCUAUGAGUCGACAGCACCAGGAACAAAUGAGGAUGAAAUGGCACCAGGCCAAUACUACUGUGAUUUCAAGAGUGAUGCAGUAAUCCAUGAUCGUAAUUUGCUUUUAGUUCGAAUGAUACCUGAUGAGGAUGGAAAGUUUGGGUUCAACUUGAAGGGUGGAGCUGAUCAGAAAAUGCCGCUUAUUGUCUCAAGAGUAAGCCCAGGGUCACCUGCUGACAUUUGUGCAUCCAAACUGAAUGAAGGAGAUCAAAUCUUAUUAAUUAAUGGCAGAGAUAUCUCUGACCAUACACAUGAUCAAGUUGUUAUGUUUAUAAAAGCAAGCAGAGAAUCGCACUCCAGAGAACUUGUACUUCAAGUCAAACGAGAAGUUGUAAGCAGUCAUUUGGAGGAAAAUAUGGAAGACAGAACAACUUUCCAACAUUUUCCCAGUAAUUCCAUCUAUCCAGUUUCUUCUGAAUAUGGAGAUUCAUUGGAAGAAUCAAUGAUUCAGCUUCGGCAAGGACUUGAAAGUGGAGCUAUACUAAAUCAGUUUGAUCAAUUGUACAGAAAAAAGCCUGGUUUAAUAAUCUCGUGUGCAAAGAUGACAAAGAACAUGGACAGGAACAGAUAUAAAGAUGUAUUACCAUAUGAUGUCACACGGGUUAUAUUAAAUGGAUCAGAAAAUUAUAUUAAUGCUAAUUAUGUAAAUAUGGAAAUCUGUUGUAGCACUAUCUUAAAUAAGUACAUAGCAGCCCAGGGUCCACUUCCACAUACCUGUCCCCAUUUUUGGCAAACAGUCUGGGAACAAGGAUCAUCAUUUAUUGUCAUGUUAACGACGUUGACAGAAAGAGGACGGGUGAAAUGCCAUCAGUAUUGGCCAGAUCCUCCCGAAAUAAGCACAUAUGGCAAUUUUCAGGUGACGUGUCACUUGGAAGAGUGGAGCAUCGCCCACGUUGUCAGAGAAAUGACACUUACUAAUUUAGAGACAGGACUAGAACGUGUUGUCAGUCAUCUUCAAUAUGUGGCGUGGCCUGAUCAUGGUGUUCCUGAUGACUCAAUGGACUUCUUUGACUUUGUGACUUUCGUGAGAAAGAAACGAAUUGGAAGGGAUAAUGAGCCAAUUAUUGUUCAUUGCAGUGCUGGAAUUGGUCGUACUGGUGUUCUUAUUGCCAUGGAGACAGCAGUGUGCUUGAUUGAAAAUGGCCAACCUGUGUACCCACUGGAUAUUGUUAGAAGGAUGAGGGAUCAACGAGCUAUGAUGAUACAAACAUCGAGUCAAUACAAAUUUGUCUGCGAAGCCAUCCUGCGUGUUUACGAAGAAGGUUUAAUUCGACCAUUGGAAACAGUCCACAAAGCAAGUUGGUAGUGUUGUUGGAAAAUCUGAAACAAAAGACCAAGCCUCAGUUCUGGGCCUGCCUCAUAAAUCUGAAAGGAAACCUACUGGAUGAUUGACAGGCCUACCUCGUCACACUGUUUAAAUAAGGAGUAUGCUUGGAUAUCUUUGGUAAAAAUAUGAUAUCUUUUAGUACACUGUUUUUGUUAUGUAUACUUUUUAAAAAGGUACAUCAUGAAAUUGGAAAGAUGACAGCAAUUAACUUUAAUCCAAACAAUUGGUUUGUUUAAAUGUUGAAAAUGGAAGAAGUGUUUCUGAAUAAUGCUGCUAACUUUAAUCAACUAAUUAUAAUUCAUUGAAACAGUUGAUUUAUGAUUUUUUAAGAUGUUGAUUUUGCAGAGUAAAUGUCUCAUGCUCUAUGUGAUGAAAAUUACAUUGAACUGCAAUGCGCUACAUUUUUCUUACAAUUUGUAUUAUUUAAACAAAAUAUAAUGUACAUACAUGGUCACUUUGGCUUUAAGGCAACUAUAUUUGAUUUUGUAUAUUGGAUGCUUCUGAUUAGAUUAAGAUAUGAAUUAUCCUUAUAACGGUCCCCAAUUUUAAAAUCUGGUUUUAACUUGGUAUUUAGUUUUAUAUCCUUGAACUACGACCUUUCUUGAUCAGUACUUAAAAUGUCCACAGAAUAAGAUGUUUGCUUCAGAGUGAGGAAAAACAUUGUGUACACGAUUCCGAGGUGAGGCAAUUCUAAUACAAAGGAUUAAACAGUGAAACCUAAAAAUAGGUCCAUCUGCCGUUGUACAGAGCCCUAGUGAGACCACACCUGGAGUAUUGUGUACAGUUUUGGUCUCCAAAUUUGAGGAAGGACAUUCUUGCUAUUGAGGGAAUGCAGCGUAGGUUCAAGCGGUUAAUUCCCGGGAUAGCGGGACUGUCAUAUGUGGAUAGAAUGGAGCGGCUGGGCUUGUAUACUCUGGAAUUUAGACGGCUGAGAGGGGAUCUUAUUCAAACAUAUAAGAUUAUUAAGGGAUUGAACACGCUAGAGGCAGGAAACAUGUUCCCGAUGUUGAGGGAGUCCAGAACCAGGGGCCACAGUUUGAGAAUAAGGGGUAGGCCAUUUAGAAUGGAGAUGAGCAAAAACCUUUUCACCCAGAGAGUUGUGAAGCUGUGGAAUUCUCUGCCUCAGAAGGCAGUGGAGGCCAAUUCUCUAGAUGAUUUCAAGAGAGAGUUAGAUAGAGCUCUUAAAGAUAGCGGAGUCAGGGGAUAUGGUGAGAAGGCUGAAUGUAGAUGAUCAGCCAUGAUCACAGGGAAUGGCGGUGCUGGCGAGAAGGGCCGAAUGGCCUAAUCCUGCACCUGUUGUCUAUUGUCUAUAAUUAACUUGAAGUAAAAUAUGACAUGACGUGGUUAUUUUGACUAAUAAGUGUUUCCUGAGUUUGUUUGAUUAUCUAAUGGGAGGCCAAAUAAUUUCUGUCAGAAAUUCUUCACUUUGUGUGCCUUUGUGCAACUUGGCUUUAUUAUCUUAAAUGCAUUUGUAACUACAUAUGAUAAAUUUCUCAACUUUGCAAUGGUUCUAUUAGGUUGAACACUGUAUAAAGGAUAGAACGCGUAUGGCAUGUUGGUACACAGGUACAUGCUAACGUUCAGACCAGUCACCCAAUAUUAAUGCAAGACUUUGUAAAUGCCCAGGCCUGGUUUUGUAUCACCACUUGCUCCGAAGAAGGAAAACAAAAUUGGUUCAGAGGCAAAAAAUUUGAUUUUUAUAUUUCCGUUAAUUAAACUGUUCAUCAGAGCAGUGCAGUUGGCAGAAAAAAAAAAUGUUUUUCAAUCUGGUUAAGUCCUCUGUUACUUAAAUUCUAAAGCCUUCAUAUUAUCUGGAAUGUUCAAUGGAAUAACCUAUAUUGUUAUGAAAAUAUAACUCUUUGACUCGAAGAUUUAAGCUAAUUUCAAAAGACAUGACAUCUUGAGUAAAUAAUUCCAACUAUAAAAACAAAGAGCACAGCAAUGGAGUUGUUGCCUUACAGUGCUAAAGAUCCAGAUUCGAUCCUGACUACAAGUACAGGACACAAAUUCUUACUGUGACCACGUAGGUUUUCUCUGAUUGUUCAGGUUUCCUCCCACAUUCCGAAGACAUACAGGUAUGUAGGUUGACACAAAAUGCUGGAGCAACUUAGCGGAACAGGCAGCAUCUCUGGAGAGAAUGAAUGGGUAAUGUUUCGGGUCAUGACCCUUCUUCAGGUGUGUAGGUUAAUUGGCUUCUGUUAAUUGUCCCUAGUGCGUAGAAUAGAACUAGUGUACUCGUGAUCGUUGGUCAGUGUGCACUCGAUGACCUUGUUUCCACACCGUAUCUCUAAAGUAAGCUUAAUAUUAAUUAAUAAAGUAAGCGGUCCCGACCUGCUCUGAACCUCCAAACGCCGUGGGAAGGACGGUCAGCGCUUCCAGGUUCUGAUGGCGGGAAUUCCACAGCUCGUCGGCGAGUUCACCCAGCGCCCGCAUGUCGGUAAAUGGAUCCCUGGCGAGUUGCAAGGGAGUGUCGGGGGGGAGCUGCUGCAGGUAGGCGUAUUUAAAUAGAAAGCAAGGUUCAUGGCCCCCCAUUAGGGUGAGCAUGUCUUCCAGGAGGGCAGACGGCUGGCGGUUGCCCAGGCCGUCUAUUCUGAAAAUCCGAGCUGCCCGCUCGAUGUCACCUAGGCCAAACCUCCUGAUAAGAAAUUCCUUAAGGCCUGUAUAUUUAUUUGCAAAUCCGUACCUGUUCACAGUAAAUGCUAAUUGUAGUGUAUAAUUUACAGGCUUUAUACCACAUACCCACCUGAUAUCAUAGGAAUCCCACAAAAUAUGAUGCGUACAUUCGCACAAUAGAAAAAAUCACAUGUGGCUAAAGUGCACAUUGUCAGAUUUUAAUUAAGGUAUUAUACAUUUCGGUUUCAACAUGUAGAAAUUACAGCAGUGUUUAUACAUAGACCCCAAAUGUGAAACCAAAAUGUAUAAAAAUGGCCUUUAAAAAAAAUCUGACAAUGUGCACUUUAACCACAUGUGAUUUUUUCUAUAACAAAUCUCAAAUUGUGGAGUACAGAGGCAAAUAAAUAAAUGAUGGGUCUUUGUCCCAAACAUUAUAGAGGGCACUGUAUUACUUAUCAUUCAUUUGAAGCAUUAAUCUUUCAACCUUAGGUUUAUUAUUUUUAAAUGCCAUCACUUUAUAGUUAGCUCUGAAGCUUUGAGUGGUGAUGGCGGUUGUAUUUCAUGUUAGGUAUGGAAUUAUUUCUUUCAUCUGCAAUUGAACAAUUUAAAUCAAUAAAAGGUUAUUUUUGUGGAUUAUCGUAUACGUUACAUUAAAAUUUAAUGUGCGUAGUACCAUACAAAAUGUAUUGAUGAUCACAAGAUGCUAUUAUAUUCAUUCUUAUCUCAAACAUGCUGGAAAUCAAAUGCACUGAAAUAUCUGCCAGAAAUUAGUUUAUUUUAUAUUACGCAAUAAGGCUAAUGAAUAUCAAUAUAGCACCCAGUCACUUGUUUUAUUUUUGAAAUUUAGUGAAAUAUACUUAUCAAGGUAAUUUGCGAUUAAUUCCUCCAGAUGUUUAAAAUAUCUGGUCACUUAUUUUUCAACUAGGUUAAUGUCCAUGCAGAAUAUAUUAAGGUUGAGAAGCAUCCUCCUCCUUUAUUUAAUGUCUAUUUUGUUAAUCUAUGUUUGUUUUAAUCAGUUUUAUAUGUAAUUCUGACCGAUGGAAUUUUGUAUCGAUAAUGUUCAUUUCAGAUGUAACAGUGAAAUGAACUAGAGUGAAAAUUUGUGCUACAGAAUCAGUUUUGGUUUGUAAUAGUAGAGUACUAUAAUCACUUUAAUUUGUGAAAAGACACAUUAUUGCUUAGUGUAUGCACCCAUUCGUGUUUGUGUUAAGAAUGGUCUAACUGCAAUUUUUGACUUGCCCAAGUAACAACAUUUUUAUUGAACUGUCCGUGGGGCAAAAUAACACAUGGUGUUUCAUUUUUUCUUUCUUUAUUAAGGGUGAAUGAUAUGUUUUGGUUAUUUCAUGAUAUCGUCUAGUAAGAUUCUGAAUACCAUUCAGUUUAUGAUUAUAAUUUAAUUGCUAUUUUGCCUAGGUGAUGCACUUAUUUUGUAGCACAAUAAUUCAUGUUCAAUGGCAUUUUCUGCCAUAAUUAAAAUAAAAUUGUGAUUGUGAAUAGUUUUAAAAUCUGAAUUAAUAUUUUAAUACAAUAAUCAUAUAAUUGUGAACUGGUGUUAAUAUUUUCCACAUUUAAAUUAUUGUGAUAGCAAUGUACUUAAAUGAAAGUGAUAAAACAAGAUUUGUUUUAUUUUUGUAGCUUCAUUCAAAAUUAAUAAUAUUAGUAAUAUUACUUGUCUAUGGAAUUGUUGGAAAACAUGCUUCAGCAUGAUUAGAUUUCAAAUCUCAUUUUUGGGUGACAUAAAAUGUUAGAAUGCUGUAAAAAAUAGUUGCAUUUAAUUGGAACAUUAAAGUUUUGCCUAUUUUAGUAAA